AUGCAUCUGCUUCUCAUUCGUCACGGCGAGUCCGUUGACAAUGUAGCUGGUCUUUACGCAGGCUCUCGUGAUUCUGCCUUGACCAAUCACGGUGUACUCCAGGCGCGACGUCUAGGUGCCCAUCUGGUGUCGCGCCGUGAUGUCAUCGGCCCUGUCGUGCACAUCUUUACCUCCAACCUUCAGCGAGCCUAUCGAACGGCCGAGGCGGUUGCCGACGCCCAACGUGGAUCCAAGGCAGCCUUGAAAAAGGCGGAUGUCGAACUCACGGUCGCGCAACUUCCAGAGCUUCGAGAAAAGGAUUUUGGCUCCGCAGAAGGUGUGAAGUACGGUGUGCUCUCCAACGGCCGGGCUGACGGUUCCAUCCAGUCAGACUCGGAGUCCCGUGAAGCCAUGAUGGUUCGAGUGGACCGCUUCAUUGACAAGGAGCUCACUCCCAUGUUGAAACGGCACGCAUCCGAAAAGGUGGCUGUUGUGGUCGUUGCACAUGGGAUCAUCCUCGGCGUAUUGCUGCAAGCUCUCGUUAGCCAUUUUCCUGUUCCAACAGCCAGUACGGCCUCUGCGGAUGGGGACAGAUAUGGCGCUGCUUGGAGCAACACAGGCGUUCUUCAAGCGAAGAUUGAGAAUAUCUCUGCUCAAGUACGAGCCUCGGGCCCUAUGUCAAGUGCAAGCACGACUGUUGACUGCACCGCUGACCAGAGCCGUCUGACAAUAGUGAUCCAAGGUACUAAUCUGACGGAUCAUCUUAAUGGCUUGAAGAAGACCCGUGGAGGCAUUGGCAGUGCGAAGUUUGAUUCUCGACAACAAACCUUGACUGCCUUCUUCACUCCAACCUCCAAGAAGCGCAAGGCCGAAGAUGACUUGUCCCAGUGA